AACCAGCAUUUUCAAGAAAAUCUUGAAAUAUUAAAACUGAAAGAUUCAGUUAGAAGUCUUUCUAUAUAUGAUGAAUAUUCUGAUGAAGAAUAUCAAAUAUUCUGUCUACUAUCAACGAAAAUAGAAGGUGCAGCUUAUGGUUUUGAAACAUUUUCAGGCUCUUUUCUAGACCCAUUAAAAUAA